GUAUACUCAAAUGGUCGCUACAGGCCGAUAUAAAGCUCAGUAAUGGUCAUGCUUUUUAAAUUUUGUAGUCUGCUUCUUUUGCACUCAUGAAAUAUUCAUAUACGCGAUGGCUUCCCUUUUACACUUCGUAAGCGGCAUUCUAGGCCUGAGGUAUAUUCAUGCCAAAUUUUAAAUCUAACUUUUCUAAUGGUGAUUGGAUAUUUCAUUGUUUUCCUAGAAUGUUCUCCAACGCCGGUAUCGUCCUGCUCUGCAUUGCGAGUUGCCUCUCUGCGCCAGUAGACGACCCUAUUCGGGUGGAGCUCCCGGUGUACGACCAACCGCAAGCCAGCUCCGACGUUGAUACCGUUCCCGUCGUAGCUGAUCAGCGCUCAGAAUCAGCCAGAAGUGACAAGUCGAUUGUCGGGAAUCUCAUUGCGCAUAAAAUUGAUGAGCUUGGCAAAAGGAUUGCACAUAAUCACAAUCAUAAUCAAUAUAAUCAUGCACAUUUGGCACACUACGAGGGGGCUGAAUAUUUAGCAACGGGAUAUUUUGGUGCACCAGUGACGACGCUUGAAGGCGCUAUCCUUGAAUCCGAGGGAUAUGGCAGCAAGAAAUUAUCACUGAAAGAAAAUUUACACGGCAUCGUCGCAGGACUCUUACAACCAAAACCUAUAGUGGAUACCAUAAAGGAAGAAGAAAAGUAUGGUAACUCGGGCGACAAAUUUAUCACAGCUGGAAGAGCCUUAGUCAAUGGAGCGGAGGGUGUAUCCAACCUCGUUAACUCGGUUCUCGAGGUACCAGGGACAAUAUUCAAGAAAAUAACAAGGAUCGCAACCGAAAAACUUAAUAACUUAGGAGGGAAAAUAAUUGGGCUCUAAUAUGUAGUUUAAACCUUGUAUUUACGACACUUAACUGUUAGUUAUUAAGAUUAAUGUAAAUUAUUUAAGCGUAAAAUAAAUACCUAUUCACACCCAACAAA